AUGGAUUCAUUUGCAGCUGGUGCUAUAGCUGGUGUCACUGAGGUUUUAAUUAUGUACCCACUUGAUGUGGUGAAAACAAGAUCUCAAUUAUUUGUUGGCAAGAGCAUGGGAAUAAUUACCUCAUUUAGCAAUAUUAUUAAAGAGGAAGGAGUGAGUCGUCUCUAUCGUGGUAUUAUUCCACCAAUCUUAAUGGAAGCACCAAAAAGAGCUACAAAAUUCGCUGCAAAUGACAUAUGGGGUCAAUGCUAUCGAAAAUGGUUCGGCGUCAAUAAGAUGAAUCAAAGUUUAAGUAUAUUGACUGGAGCCAGUGCAGGAGCUACAGAAUCCUUGGUUAUUGUACCUUUUGAAUUGGUUAAAAUAAGAUUACAAGAUAAGAAAAGUGCUCAUCUCUAUCUAGGUAUGUUUUUAUCUUUAAAUUUAAAUUAG